GUUCAUCCCAUCCACUCGACUUUAUCACCACCACCACCUCCUCCUCCUCGCUCUUCUCCACCACCACCCACCUCCCCUCCCUCUUUCCUCACUCUUCAUCUCAGGCCCCCGUGUCGUCCGCCUCUUCUCACCAUGUUCCGCUCCGCCAUCGUCCGCUCCCUCAGGGCCUCCGUCCCUCGUGCCGUCAAGACCCCGGCUCCCUUCCAGAUCCGUAGCUCUGCUGUCGCUCGCCCGGCUCAAUUCGCCCCUCGCUUCGCCUACCAGGGUAUCAGACUCUACUCCGCUCCUGCCGGUCUCAACAAGGAUGAGGUUGAGGGUCGGAUAGUCAACCUCCUGAAGAACUUUGACAAGGUCUCCGAUGCUAGCAAGAUCAACGCUGCUUCUCACUUCGCCAACGACCUCGGCCUGGACAGCCUGGACACCGUUGAGGUCGUCAUGGCCAUCGAGGAGGAAUUUAGCAUUGAGAUCCCCGACAAGGAUGCCGACUCCAUCCUCAGUGUUGACAAGGCUGUUGAGUACAUCCUCGGCCAGCCCGACGCUCACUAAAUUAUGGACGUAAUGCGAGGAUGCGGGGUCGGAUGGAGGCUUAGAAUAGAACGGAAAGGGAAUGCUGGCGUGCAACUACACGGGGCUCGCCACGGCGGAGGAACCGGGCGUCGGUGACGCUACUCUGUUUGCUGAUACAUGCCUCUGCUCUUUCAUUCUAUUAUAUCGUGUAUAUCAUCUUGAAUGCAGAUUUGACUGAUUUUGGCCGACUGUUGUUGCGUAACCUGCGUCACCUGCGGCACUCUGUGUCUGUGUCCGAUAGAGGGGGAGCAGACGUCAAGAUAGAGGCUGGGGUUGUCGCGCUGGGCAUGCCCGCCACCGUGGUAGCUCCGAUGGUCGCCAGCCAGGCCUGGAAUCGCAUGCGGUGUUCCUGUCGGGAUGAAUCUGAUAUGCGCUGCCGUGGAUGACGUGGAGGCCGCCGAUUCGGGCGGGAGGGGAGGCAGGAGAUCCUGGUC